GUUUCUCCUUUGCAAACACACGUACACGUACACGUACACGUACACGCACACGCACACGCACACGCACACGUAAAAGUAAACACUAUAACAAAUGGCUACCAUCAAGCAAAUCAACAACUCUGCUGAAUUCCAGCAAUUAUUAACUGCCACACCUGCUGAAAAGCUUAUUGUGGUCGAUUUCUUUGCUACUUGGUGUGGUCCCUGCAAGACGAUUGCACCUCUUUAUGCACAGCUGUCUUCCAAGUACCCCAACGUCCAGUUUUCAAAAGUUGAUGUAGAUCAAGCAAAGGACGUUGCAUCGAGCUGCGGAAUUUCUUCCAUGCCUACUUUCCAAUUCUACAAGGCAGGUAACAAGGUGGCCGAGAUGAAGGGAGCAAACCCAGGCCAGUUACUUCAGUACAUCAAGCAGUAUCAGGGUGAUGCCAGCGGCAGUGAAGGAGCAGCCUCUUCUUCUGCUGCUCCCGUAAACUAUGGUGUACCUGGCCAUUCUGACUUGACAGAGUUCAUUACACCCAACCAAAUGGAUGCCUUGAACCAGCAGGAAGAACACAAUGUCAAGAACAUUUUCAAGAACAAUGAUGCUUACCUCGAGAGUGAUGUUGACGAGCAGUUGAUCAUCAGUGUUCCUUUCAACCAACCCGUCAAGCUCCAUUCGCUCAAGAUCAAGGUUCCAAGCAUUAGCCAUGCACCAAAGACAAUCAAGUUGUUUGCCAACCGUCAGAACCUUGGAUUUGAUGAUAUCGAUUCUAUCCAGGAGACACAGACCAUUGAACUGAUUCCUAAAGACUUUGAAGAGAACGCAAUUAUCAACUUGAGAUUUGUUAAAUUCCAGAACCUUGUCAACCUUGUGAUUUUUAUUGAAGACAACCAGGAAGAUGAAGAGACCACCAAGAUUCAGCAGUUGAUUUUCAUUGGAUCUUCUACAGAGUCCACUAACAUGGGUGACCUUAAAAAGGAAGAGAACUAACUAUAAACUCGCGCAUGUACACUCCUGCAAGCACACAAGCGCACAAGCACACAACAGAAACAUUGAUCAAUAUAUACUUUUUUAUUUAUUUAUAUAUCUAUCUAUCUGUUCAUCAAUGUGUAUGGUCUAUAUUCACAAAUUUUCGUCUGUCUUCUUAUUUUAUACAAAAUGCACACAAAAAAGAACAUUCAUUAAAUAUAUAGAAUUAUGAAG